AUGGCCGACGACGCGACGCUCGGCUUCGACACGCUCUGCCUCCACGGCGCCUACAAGCCCGACACGUCGGUGACCUACGGCCUGGGCCAGGGCGCGCCCCGCGGCGUGCCGCUGCACCGCACGACGCCCUACCAGUUCGUCGACACGCAGCACGCCGCGGAUUUGUUCGCGCUCGCGAAGCUCGGCAACAUCUACACGCGCCUCAUGAACCCGACGACGCACGUGCUCGAGAGCCGCUACGCCAUGCUCGAGGGCGGCCACCCGCUCAGCGGCCUCUGCGUCGCGUCGGGCACGAACGCCGUCUUCUACUCGCUCAUCAACCUCGCGCGCCAGGGCGACAACAUCGUCAGCAGCCGCGCGCUCUACGGCGGCACGUACACGCAGUUCGAGGAGAUCCUGCCCCAGUUCGGCAUCGAGGUCCGCUUCGUCGACGCCGAGGACCCGGAGAACUUCGCCAAGGCUACGGACGCCAAGACGCGCGCGUGGUUCUGCGAGUCGUGCUCGAACCCGGCGCUCGAGAUCUGCGACCUCGAGGCCAUCACGACGCUCGCGCACGCCCAGAACGGCACGGGCCUGCCCGUGGUCGUCGACACGACGUUCUCGACGCCCUACCUCUGCAAGCCCUUCGAGUUCGGCGUCGACGUCAUCGUGUCGUCGCUCACGAAGUGGGUCGGCGGCCACGGCACGGCCAUCGGCGGCAUCAUCGUCGACUCGGGCCGCUUCAAGUGGGGCGCGGGCAACCACCCGCUCUUCGACGAGCCCGACAUGUCCUACGGCGGCGACGCGGGCCUGCGCUGGGGCCACGACCUGCCCGAGGGCCUCGCGCCGCUCGCGUACAAGCUCCGCGCGCUGACGGUGCCGCUCCGGAACCUCGGCGGCUGCAUCUCGCCGGACAACUCGUGGAUGGUGCUCCAGGGCAUCGAGACGCUCUCCCUGCGCAUGGAGCGCCACUGCGAGAACGCCAUGACGGUGGCCAAGCACCUCAAGAUGAACCCGAAGAUCGCCUGGGUCCGCUACCCCGGGCUCGUCGACGACCCGCAGUACCAGAAGGCGAAGAAGUACCUCAAGGGCAAGGGCGGCUCCAUGGUCGUCUUCGGCAUCAAGGCCCCCGACGGCAAGGUCGCGGGCUCCAAGUUCAUCGACUCGCUGGACCUCAUCUCGCACGUCGCGAACGUCGGCGACGCGCGGACCUUGGCGAUCCACCCGGCGACGACGACGCACAGCCAGAUGAACGCCGCGGCCCAGCUCGGCGCGGGCGUCAAGCCCGAGAUGGUCCGCCUCUCCGUCGGCCUCGAGACGGCCAAGGACAUCAUCGCCGACAUCGACCAGGCGCUCGCCAAGGCCGUCUAA